GGCAGAGGUCUCCCCAAAACAGACUGAAAGUCACAGUCUUAUCGACUCAAACACUUCUGAUGGAGGAGGGAACUUAGUAGAUAGAAAAAAGUCUGAUUUGAAAAAGAAACAAACUUCGAAGCGGCCAAAGACAAAAGCAGAAAUGAAAUUAAUCGAGCAAAGAGUUGAUAGUCCAAUUGACUCGGAAAGCAGUAUUUCAGAUAAAGUUCCAACAGUGGCGAAAAUGGAAAAUACAAAGCGUAGAUCUAAAGAAGGAUCAAAGCCUCCGGGGCGCUCGAAAGAAUCCGAAUCCAAAGAGAGUGAAUUGGAACAGAAAACGACUAGUCUUAAAAGGACAAGUCUCAUCGCCACUUCUGAAUCUGAACGUUCGGAUAAAUCACGCGAAUUUUCAGAGAAAAAUCCGAAGAAGAGGAAAUUAUCCUCGAUUGUUCCCGGUGCUUCCGAAGUUGGUCAGUCUGAACGCACUCAAGUCGAGAAACUUGGCCUUUCAGCUAUAUCGAAAGAUUCGAAAGUUGGCGUUACGGAAAAAUCCAAAGUUAAAAAGCUUGAAUUGGAGAAACGUACAGAAAAGUUAUGUAUGCUCGAAGAUAUUGAUAUAUUCGCAGGAAAGGAAGUGGAUUCAACAGCGUCUGAUAAAAUUAGAAAAUCCAAAGAAUCGAGAAGGUCUACCCUUAAAAAGGAGAAUAAAGCGUCCGCAAAACGUUACAGCAACAGUCUUGAUAAUGUUACCGUCACUUCUACGUUAGGUACAAAAAGUUUGAACGAAGGAUCAAAACAAGAGCAGUCGAACAUUUUAGACCAGAGAUUAAUUAAGGGGGGUAGCAAGGACAAUGAUGUUAAUUCGUGUGAACCCACAGGGGCUACAAAAGCAGACAAGCUAGAAAUUGAAGCAAAGACCAGAGUCCUGAAGGCAGAUUCCAAUGAUAAACCUUUGAGCCCCAUGACCUGUCAAAAUUCGAAAAAGGAUGCGUCACAUGCAGCAAGCUUAAAAAGUGUAGACGUCUCGAAAAGUGAAACGAAUGCUUCAGAAUCAGAAACCAUGACUCCGGAAACUGCGAACAGUUUGUUAAUGGAACCAAAUGUUGUCAUGACAACAAAAGGAAACGGUGGCUCAGCGGAAAACUGUAAGAAUAUAGAAAACAGUAAUGAAGAUGUCUUUCAGGUUGAACAAAUGGUUGAUAAAAAAUCACUGCCAGAAUAUGAAAGGAGUCAUUUAGAUUCGUCCGAUGAAAACAAAGUCACUCACGACAGUAAUUCAAAGGCUGCAGACCGUUCAGGUGCUGCUACUCCUCCAUCUUCAUCGAACCAACCACAACAUGAAGUUUGCGAUGAUGGAAGAUCUGUUGUUACGCUUCCAGAAAAUGAGAAAAAUUCGCUUGAUAGACCUGAAAUGAUGAAAAUUACGCCGGCUAUUUCCCAAACAACUGUGAAAAGUUCUGCAGAAAAUUCAUCAUCAGUAACGCAAGAAGUAAUGACGAAAAGUCAAAAUAGUGCUGAGCCCAGAACAACAUCAAAUAGACCCCUUUCAAUCCGGGGUAGAAAAAAGUUCAACGACGCAGACAGGCAAAUAGAAGCCUCACUAGAUGACUCUUACGUCGAAGCUAAAUCAAAAUCAAAGUCUUCCAUUAAGGGCAACGUCACCACAACAAAAAUUCAAUCCCGUCAUUCCAUCGAUGUCGAUUUACAAAAAAUUGAUGAAAAGCUUGCUAAAAUCCAGGCAUCCAUGAUGAAGGGUCACAAACGGAACGAGCAGCCGAGAAAAGGACGCACCAAACGAAGUCUUUCAAAAUCUCUUUCGACAUCAGACGGAGUUAGCGACGCUUACAGCAGUGAUAGUAAUGACUCGAAACAGUCGAUUCGAAACAACACCGAGAAUGCUGCCAAAUCAGAAAAAGGGUCUGUAAGUCAUCAGAAGGAAGACCCAUUAUCGCAAUCAUUAAAUAAUUCUUUACCUCCCGCCUCGAAUCUUUCAUCAGUCCUUAAUGGUCUCUCAAAGGUUGUUAUGAAUGACCUUUUGGAAUGGACUUGUAAUAAUAAGCAGACAGUACUGCAAAUAAAGGACACGAUCGAUCAGAAUCAACGUGAAACCUCAACAUUGAAAAAUGAUGUGGAAAGAAGCGAAAGCAUUCAGGAUUCUGCUGAAAGUGAGGCAGUUAAAGCUGACGUAGCGAAAGUCAACAAUAAUGAUUCCCUUUGUGAGGUUGAGCAAGGCAAACAAAGUACACAAUCGCCGGAUGAAUCAAAGGAAUCACAGAAUAAAGACGUGAAAAAGGACACUAUUACAACCCCAUCGAAAGAUCCCGCGGUAAUACAAACUUCAAAAGAAAUGCUCGCCGAACUUAUGAACAGCACACUUGAUAUUGAUUUAGAUAAUUUUGCUGAUAAUUCAGAGUCUGCUGAGAAAUCUGAACUAAUCACCAAAAGCAAGUUGAGUCAAGAGAUAAAGAGACUUAUCAAAUCGUCCGAUGGAGAAUUCUCAGUGAAAUCAUCAGACUCAGAGCAAACUGACCAAAAUUCACAGGACUCUUCGGCCAACAUUCGGCGGUCCCAUCGUAUAAAAACCCAAAUAAAAUCUACUGUUGGACGUGGAUUAGUUCGUGACAAAUCCGAUCGCAACCAAAACAGUGCCAGUGCUCUGGAUUUGGAGGCUCAAAAUGCUCGCUUUUUGAAGGAUAUGGAAGAGAGGCUAAGCCAGUUUCAAAUGAUCAAAGAGAACGAAUAUAAAUGCGAAAGAAUCAUCAGUAAAGAAGCCAAACGAAUGACUUGCGAUUGUUUUUUGACAAAGGAGGAGGAGGAGCGUGGGGAGCUCGGAUGCGGAGAAGAUUGUCUCAAUCGUCUUCUCAUGAUUGAGUGCUCAUCCAAGUGCACAGUCGGGGAACGUUGCACGAAUCGGCGAUUUCAGAAGUAUCAGCACGCUCGUUGUAAAGUGUUUCGUACCGAGAAAAAAGGUUUUGGCAUAAUGGCGGAUGGUGAAAUUCCGGCCGGGGAAUUCAUUAUGGAGUACGUUGGAGAAGUCUUGAACGGAAAACAAUUCGAGAAACGAGCCGCUAUCUAUUCACAAGAUAAAAACAAACAUUACUACUUCAUGGCCUUACGUGGCGAUUCAAUUAUUGAUGCCACUAUGAAGGGGAGCAUUUCGAGAUUCAUCAAUCAUUCGUGCGAUCCAAACGCUGAGACUCAAAAGUGGACAGUGAACGGUGAAUUGAGAAUAGGUUUCUUCAGUAAACGUAAAAUCUACGCAGGUGAAGAGAUUACAUUUGAUUAUCAGUUUCAACGGUAUGGGAAGGAGGCGCAGAAGUGCUUUUGUGAGUCUGUGAACUGUCGGGGAUGGAUCGGAGAGGAGCCUGAUUCGGAAGACGAAGAAGAGGAAGUUUCAAGCAGUGAAAGUGAGGAUGAAGUCGAGGCAAAAUCACCAGAAGAUGCGGAAGCGGAAAAGGAUAAGAGACUAGAACUUAAAGUGGCAGAAAAAGAGAAAGUCACGCCUACAGUGGCGAUCCAGGAAGAGGGAGACAACGCUGAGAUUCUCAAAGAGAUAACAGCUAUUGAGAAAUCUCCUGGAGAAAUACUAGAAGGAAAGGCUGAAAAAGUCAUCCCGAUAGAGACGCCAACCGACAAAGACAAAUCUGCACGUAAAGCUUUGAAAGCAGCGGAGAAAUUCGCAAAGAUUGCUGCGAAAAUGAAAGCCCGGAAAGAGCGGGAACGUAUUAAACAACAAAAUCGAAUGGUUAUGGAAGAUCCGGACCUUGAAGCGGAAAUUGUGUCUUUAGAAAGUAGCGGUUUGAUCAAUCAAGCUCAUACUUUGAAACUGAGCAGAUGCAUGGUGCGUGCGAAAUCCGUGCUCAGCAAAUUGCGUUUACUAAGUGUUCUUCGAAAAGGUGAAAUGGCAUGCAGGCGACUGUUUCUUGAUUAUCAUGGUUUGCGGCUAUUGCAUGGUUGGAUGAGUGAAAAUGAAACCGCAGAUAUUGAACAAGAUCUCGAAUUUCGCCAGAAAACUCUUAAAACCUUAGAGCUUUUGCCAAUUCCAAACAAAACAAUGUUGAAAGAAAGCAAAGUCUUCGACGUUGUACAGAGCUGGUCCACGGAAAUGGAACAACAAAUUUCAUCAUCUGAAACGCCGCUUGAUAGUUCAGAUCGUCAGUCACCGCCACUUAAAAAACAGAAAAUCGACGAUGGAAAUUAUCAAGAAAUUCGCAUGGAAAUCAAAGACAUUGCUGAUAAGUUGACGACAACAUGGGAAGUUCUGCCUGAAGUGUUCCGCAUCCCGAAGCGAGAAAGAAUCGAACAAAUGAAGGAACAUGAACGUGAAGCAGAUCGAUCAUAUAAGGCCUUAAAUUUAGGGGAUGAAGAUCAAUAUAACAAACAACUACGAAGUCAAGAACGUUUUGGAGCAAAGAAAUCAUAUAAAUGGGCUCGCGAUAAGUAUGAGAAGAGAAAAGAGCUAACAAAGGAUACAGAAAAAUUGACCAGUGCUGAAGCAAAUUUGACUAAAUUGCAAAGACGCCAAUUGUUUGCAGCUAAGGUCGCAAAAGAUGAAGCAGAAAAACGUUUAGCCGAGGAACGUCGCGAAUUUGAAUUCAAAUGUAAAUUUUAUGGGUUAGAUCCGAGAUAUAUGACUCCCAAUAUCAUGCCGUUCUGUGUUAAUCCUUCUACGGGACAGUGGUACUCGAAGGAGAAAAAUAAGAUACCAACACCUCCUAGUCAUGCUCAUAUAAAAGUACCGCCUAAGCCACAAUCAACUGAUCCAAAAGACUAUAAAAUGCCAGAGGUUGAUUUGCCGCCCAUGUGGAAGUUCGCCAUGGAUCCUCGCGGUCGACUCUACUAUUAUCACAUUAAAAUUAGAAUACCUCAAUGGGAACCUCCGAUAAAAAUAUUACCACUAACAAGAGAUCCGUCAACGGAAAGUACGGCACUUGAGGAAGGAUCAACUAAUGUGAUGCCAUCCACGUCCACUUCGAAGGUUGAUGAUCCGCAGCCAGGAACCAGCAAACAAUCCUUGCCGACUAGUGAUACAAGUAGCGGUUCCGAUGAUACGGACUCUGAUAUUAGUUGUAGCGAGAUUAUAGGUCUAAAGAAAGGUGUUCCGUUGAAGCUAGGCAAGGAUAUGAUAGAGCAAUUGAAGCGAAGUAGAAAACGGAAGCGAUUUAAUCGAUUAGUGCAGGAAAGAACUAUUAGCCCUCGACGCGAGGAGGACAGACUCUAUAAUCAAAUCGAGACCAGACGCUAUCGUGAGAACAAAGAAAAAAUCAGGCGACGGAAAGAAGAGAUAAAACGUCGGAAAGCGCAGUUGAAAAGAGAAGCAGAAAACGAUCAAAGCACAAGCAAUAAAGAUGCCAAUUCGCAACCGUCACAACCUUCCUCACCAAAGUCAUCAAGCGGAAAAGUUUCAGUACCCAUUCAGGAUUACCUAUUGUCUUCGGAUGAGGAUGAGCUCGAGAAAUCUGACUAUGAUAAUUCGUUGAUCGAAAAAAUUGUGCAUGGAGACAACAUUGUCGAUGAGCUCGAUGCAAUCGCCAAAGAAAAGCCAUUAAAGCGAUCGUUACCGUUUGUAAAGGAUCAUGAUUUGAAGAAACGAAUGAAAAUGGAUGAAAAGAAACGCGCCGAGGGAAGCAAAAGUGAUAAGUCAAUAAAGUCUCGAAAAACUGAAGCUGGAAGUAACAAAAACACAUCACGUAGGGCCAGAGAGAAGUUCCGCAGUGAUAUUGCUGGAAUUAUUGUUCAUCACCUCACACCGUACCGUAGAGAUUCCUGCCAUAUUGGCAGAAUUACUAAUAAUGACGACUUCAAACAUCUGGCACGCAAAUUAACACACUUCGUACUAAUUAAGGAACUUAAACAUUGCGACUCAACUGGACAAACUUUGGUAGUAACCGAAUCGGUUAAGAAUAAGUCCCGCGAGUUUAUCAAAAAAUACAUGGCGAAAUAUGGAGAAGUUUACGUAAGACCAGCUAAUGAUCCUGAAUUCAGGGAUAUACCGCACUAAUCCCAAGGGGAAAGUCGAUUGUUUGGUUGUAAAUUAAGACUAGGAGAAUAGAAAGUUACGCGUACUCCGUUAGCAUGUACAACAGUAAGAGGAGUGCAAGUAUGUAGGUGAUAUCCUUCGCCGUGUAAAUAUCAGAGACCUAUGACAGGUAUUGUUCAUAGAGCUAACUAUAUUAUGAAUUUCUUCCCACUAUUUUCGAUUAUGGAGAGAACGCAUCGUUCAAGUGAAAGGCACUGUUAGAUAUUGUGUUCUUAGUUGAUAACACCACAAGUGUGUUCGCUAAUUAAAUUGAUUUUACCUUCUAGGAUUGAGGAACGAACAAAGAGGUGUUUUCUUCAGUUAUUUUUAUCGCUGUUGACAUAGAAAAGAAAUUUUUGACCUUUUGAUGAUUCGAUAUUAUGAUUUGAAAUAUAAUUUACGACGAGUUUUUCCCCUCCCCCAUCUCCUAGUACUGCAAACUUUACAUUUCUCAUCUCGUUUCUAAUUUAGUGUAGUAGAUUAAUAAUGAAAUGGCUGUGUUACUACAUACAUAAUCUAAAUAUUUAAGAGGAAAGAUUAAACUGUUUAAAAAGAAUUGAAAGAAAAUUAGGAAAUAUAUAAAUAUCUCUAUAUUAAAAAAAAAAACGUUAGGCUACGAAAUUUCAUUGAUUUGAUUCUUUUGUGAACAAUUCUAACGAAUGUACCUAUAUUUUGUAAUUGUUUCGAGAAAGAAGGGUAGAUCAUGAAGCUGAAGAAAAUUUUUUUUAUUGUAAUUGCAUUAUCAGUGUAAAUAACAUCAGAAAACAAAUGUAUAUUUUAAAUAUAUACGAAAUUCAAAAGU